GCACGAGUCAUGUGUUGUUUGUGCUGCGCUCCGUAGUGUACACAGGGCGCGAGCAGCAGAUUGGUGGCCCGCUAGGAGGAUCUACCGAUAAUAGACCGGGUAAAUGUGGUCAUGUUGCAGUUGCUGGCAUUGAGUUCGAGGAGCAUUGGCUGGGAUACCUGCUUUUCAUGUAGCGGCCGAGAGAAGCUCAACACUGAAAAGACUUAAGUGCGCCGCCUGAGACACCGUUCCCCCCAAACAAACAUGGGGUCACAGUCUAUAAGCCUGAGGUAAAGUGACCUUAAAUCUCUUAUCUGAUGGCACAUUUCGGGAACUACCAAGAAGGCAAAGCCGCUAUGUUGAUGCUGGAAACGCAACAGCGGGCUGUCGGGACUAAACCUGCAGCUGCAGCGGCGAACGGCGACACUUCUGUCGGGGAACCCCCUUCCGUACUUGAUGUCGGCGGCGCUGCGUUUCAUCAACCGAGUGAACAACAUCAUCAACAGCAGCAGCAGCACCUGGAAUCGCCGGCGAGGAAAGGAUCCAUGUCCUCUCUUAACCGGGCGCUCGAGGACGCUGCUGUGAGUAACACACACACUACCUCAGCUUGCCCUGCUGUGAACGCCGUGUCGGACGACAUUAGGAAGUGUGGCUAUCUGAGAAAGCAGAAACACGGACAUAAAAGGUUUUUCGUCUUGCGGGCGUCGAGUCACCUGGGGCCGAGCAGACUGGAAUAUUAUGACAGUGAGAAGAAAUUUCGAAACACUCUGCGCUCGAGCGCCGCCGCCGCCUCCUCCUCAGCUGGUGCCUCUCCCCCCAAAAGAGUGAUCUAUCUCUACCAGUGUUUCACUGUGAAUAAAAGGGCGGAUUCUAAGAAUAAGCAUCUCAUUGCUUUGUAUACUAAGGAUGAAUACUUUGCGAUUGUCGCUGAGAAUGAGCAGGAGCAGGAGGAGUGGCACCAGGCGCUCAGUGAGCUCAUGAAUGAGGGGAGGAGAGGCCACCUGGACGCCGAUGAGAUUGACGAUGGAUACGGUACUGUGACCCCUGGGACUGACUUUAAGGAAGUGUGGCAGGUAAAUGUUAAACCGAAGGGCUUGGGCCAGACGAAGAAUCUAACCGGCGUGUAUAGACUCUGUCUGUCUGCCAAGAGCAUUCAUCUGGUGAAGCUGAACUCUGAGACACCUUGCGUGAACUUGCAGCUGAUGAACAUUAGACGCUGCGGCCAUUCAGAGAGCUUCUUUUUCAUCGAGGUUGGCCGGUCUUCUUCUAUAGGACCUGGGGAGGUUUGGAUGCAGGUGGAUGACUCUGUGGUGGCUCAGAACAUGCAUGAGACCAUUCUAGAGACCAUGAAGGCACUGAAGGCUUUUGCCGAAUUCAGGCCCAGAAGCAAAAGCCAGUCUUCUAGCACCAACCCGAUGGGUUUCAUCACCACACGCCGACACUUGGGCAACCUCCCACCCAGCCAGACGGGGCUCCAGCGGCGGUCUCGGACCGAGUCUGUGGUGGGCACGCCACCCAGCCGAAAGAGCAGUGGAGCAAGUGGGUAUCGAUUCCGCACCUCCAGCGAGGGAGAAAGCACGAUGAACCGCCCCUUUCGCUCUGUUACAGGUAGCCUUAUUCAUCUCAACACAGCCCGUGCUAACCUGAGCCGACAGGAAAGUAGCAGUGGGGCAGGGGCCCGCUAUAUUCGUGCCCCACCAGGCUCCACUUAUCAUGCCCGUUCUGCCUCGCUGCCAGUGUCACACUUUCCUUCCACCAGCAGUCCCAUCAGCAUGUCCAGCAGCAGCGGGCAUGGCUCUGUGUCAGAUACUAUCACUCGCCCCUCCAGCGCGUCCAUUUGUGGAUCCCCAAGUGAUGGAGGAUUCAACUCAUCAGAUGAGUAUGGCUCCAGCCCUGGAGACUUCCGGUACUUCAGAGUACGCAGCAACACCCCCGACUCCCUGGCAAACACACCACCGAUCCGUGAGGAGCACUGCCUCAAUGACUACAUGGCUAUGGGCUGGAAUCGCGAUGUGUUUGGAACAAGUGCAACUGAGGCAGUCAAAGAUGAGAGUGCAGAUGAAGAUUCACGAUCGGGGUCUUUAAAGAGGCGGACACCCUCCUUCUCCAGGCAGAUAGGGGGCGCUAGUGCUGCUGGAGUUGCUGUUUAUCAGAAGAUGACCCAGACCACCUUCUCGCUGGACGAGGCUGUGGUUGAGAGUAGCUCUUGGGGUGGCAGUGUCCAGACUGUCUCUACCUCCUCCUCCCUCUGCUCUGACUACAGCUCCAGUUCUGAACACAGCCAGGACCGGGCCCCUAGCUUACGGCCUGCAGAUGGGAUUAAGGAUGAUGGGUACAUGCCCAUGAUGGCAGGUGUGCUGCCCUCCGCUAGUGAUGCAGACUACAUGCCUAUGCAACCAAAUAUCCUCCUCUCUGCCUCUGCACAAGCCCAAAGUGCUACUUUACAUGUUCCCCAGCACAUGGACUCUCAAGGCUAUAUGAUGAUGCUCCCAGGUAGAAGUGGGGCUACUGACUCUCCCGUCCCAUCCAGCCCUGACAUCAGCAGACGAGCAGAGGGACGAAGAGCCUCAGACCGCCUUCAGAAUGCAGAAUACAUGGAUAUGUCUCAGAGCAGCGCCACAGCUAAUGCUCAAAAGGUUUCCGCUGAGAAUUAUUAUGCCUUGACCACUCCUGGUGUCCCCAAAUCCUACAGUCCCUAUUUCUCCCUCCCUCGCUCAUACAAAGCUCCAUCCAGAGACCAGGGUGAGCAUGAUGAUUAUGUUCCAAUGAGGUCCCCAGCGAAACCAGUCUACAUUUCACCCACAGCCACCCCAGAUCGCAGUAGCAGGUGCCCACCUUCUGAGUCCUCUCAACAUAAUGGCUUCAUGGACCGCCGAGCCGUUCGGCCGAACCGCCUGCCCCUGGGAAGGCGAAGUUUGCACAGCUCUCUGCGAGCAGGAGAAGUGGCAGUGUGCCCUUCCAGCCCUGGAGAAUACAUCAAUAUUGAAUUUGGGGAUCGGCCCACAUAUUCUGCCGAAGGCUCCCUCUCAACCCUUAGUAUUAACCGGGAGCAGCGUAAGUCCCCGCUACCACAGGAUUACAUGACUGUCGAGGUGGAUGGUCUUCCACCGAAGAGUCGGUCCCCACGGCCCUCUCUGGUGGCCCCCUGGAAUCCUCCUUCAUAUAUCCGGCCUUCCUCAUCCUCCCACUGCAGUAGGCUCACAGUGGGUAAGCCUGACGACUACACGGAAAUGUCUUUUGGUCCUGAGGAGGAGUCCAAGAGCCCUACAGCCAUGCUUGAGCACCUGUGUGUUCUGGAGCAACAGUUUUUCCCCUUCAGCCCCCCGACUGAGCCUAAGGUUGUCCGUGCUGAUCCUCAGGGCAGGCGUAGACACAGCUCGGAGACCUUUGUCACAUCAUCAGGAGUGUCAGGUAGAAGUGGCACGGACUCCAAUGGCACCGUGCCUAGCAAUAGUGGGGCUCACCAGGUGGGCUGCAGCAAUCGUCAGAACUUUGACUGUGUUUGGACUGACGGUGUGAGAUUUGGCAGUGAGGUUACACAUGGAAACUCCUCGAAUAGAGACCGUUCCCCCUCUGUGAGGUCUGCGAGGACUCUACCUGUGGAACACCAGAAUGGCCUGAACUACAUCGCCCUAGACCUGAGAGACGAUCUCCAGCCUGGGAACAGUCAUGAUGCGCUUCCCUUGUCAUCCUCCAGCGCUCCUCCCCCAGAGAAUGGUGCCUAUGCCAGCAUAGAUGUAAUGAAAUCUGAGGGGCUUACAUCGGCCUCUAAAGACUGAGGACUGUCCCAUCAAAUUCCUGCAGAGAUGCUGAAAAACAUGAGAGCCCUAGCACACGACAAAAGGAUCCAGAGUUUUGUUUUAAUGGAGAUUUAUGGUUAUUUUUAUUUGUUUAUAUGCUGUCUCCAGAGCGGAUCCAUAACUUCUGUCUUGUAUGAGUUCAGUGCUUUAUUGUGAUUUUUAUUAGCUGCAUAAAAAGGGAGGUUCAUCUUAUGAAAACACCAUAAUCCAAAAGUCUGGUUUGGGCAGGUGCAUGCUGUUUACAAGCAUCACACGUAUGUACAAAUUAUAUUUAUUUCUCAUAAAGAUUUCAGGUGCAAUUACAGACUUUAGUGUUUAUGUUUACCAUUUGCUUAACAGAGGGAGCAUGUAUUGGUACGGUACAGACUGCAGACGGGAUGUGACUGAACAGCAGUACUGUCUUUUUUACGAAUGCCUGUCUCUGUUAGGUCCUCACUUAAUGUUCAGUUUUGGACUGUAGAAACCUCCUCCUCUGUACUAUCAACACUGUUCUACAGUAUCUGUGAGUGUCAGGCUAGUCAUAAUGUUUCAGUCUGCUUUACCCCGUGCAGGGCCCCAGGUGUUACUCGCGGUGCCUUCUUGGCAUGUGGCGCAGCCCAAACAUAGGCUUUUCGUAUCUCUUCCCGUACUAAUUUUUGACCAGCAUCUCCUUCGCUUUGCCAAGAGAGCUGUAGAGAGAGAAGGGGCACAGGAAAAGAGGAAGGGUCUAUUCUGGGACUCCUCAGAUGAAAUCUGCUGCAGUUGCUAAAAUGCUACUAGGAUGAGCACAGAGUUGGUGAUUUAUAUCAUCUAAAUAAAUAUAAAUUAGUUCUCCAGUUAUGUUUUGGUACCCACAAUAAAUAAACUCUAAGUGGAGCCCUUCUACAACUCAGUGGGAAAAAAAACAGCACAAAAUAGGAAGGUACAAAAGCCCAAAUCUGUCUGUAUAAAUCAUUAUGCAUGCUGUUGGCAAGACCGAAGGGUCUCCUUCAAUCAACAACAUAAGUCACAACAUUUCAUUAAUAUUUUAUUCAGAAUUAAUUCUAUUUAAUAUGUUAGUAUUAUCAAUCAGCUGCUCUUUUGUUCAUGACUCUCUUCUCUCAGUAUUGCGGUAUGUCCUGUUUCGAACAGGCUUUUCAGGAAGUGGAGGUCCAUGGUCCUAAAAUGUUUUCUGCAUUUGUUUUCUUGUGUGUGUGUGUGUGUGUAUAAUUUUUUUUCUCCCCAAAGGAGUGAUAUACACACAGCUUAAUCAGCAACUGUAGGUUCCUUUGUCUUGGUUACAUAAACAGCCUUCAUUUUUAUUUUAUUUUUAUAUUUCCCUUUUACUGCACAUUGUUUUAAGAGACAAAAGCAAAUGUGAAACAUUGUGACAAUGAAAAAAAUGCAAAUCACUGUAUGGUACAGUCUUCAUUGUUAUGCUGUCAGUGGUACGAAAGUGAACUUUGUUGUCUGGUAAAAGGAUCCAGGCCUCAUGAAAUUACCAAAGCGAGUCUUAACUGGCACAUAUUGGCCAUUACAGCCCAGCUGUGAUUCUGUGAAAAGGGUUUACCCAAUGCCAAAACUAUCUAAGACCCAAAUGGCCUCAGUGUGAUAUAAAAAGGGUACAGAAUAUUUUUUGGCUAAUGUUAACGUAACAUUUGUAACUGUGAGACUGACCUCUAAGAAUUACACAAAAAUUCUCGUCAUACAUAAAAGCUUUAAAUCAGCCAAAUGUUGAACUCUACGUAAAUGUAUUUGAUAUCAGCCUUUUGCUAAUGUAUAUGAUCAAACUUUUUGCCAUUAUUUUCAUUGAAUUGCCAUCUUUAUGAAGUUAGAUUUUAUUUGGAACUUGAUUCAAGUGAUUACAGUACAGAUGUGCAGUGGUACAGCAUUAAUAUGUGUUUCUUCCUCCCUUUUUUUUUUAAGAGCUCAGAUUUUUUUUUUUUCUUUUGGAAUGUUUUUGAAAAGCAGCUCUUUUAUUUGGCAUAAUUUUAGAAUCAAGAAGAUGGGAAGUAUCCUCAUGCCAGUUUUUGUCACACCUCAGUAUGUUUCAGUAUGCUUAUGUUCUGUUCACUAUUGUUUUUGAAGUCUGAGCUUGACAUACAGCAAAGUUCAGUUCAUCUGGUGAAGUCUGAGAGAAAAUACAGAAAGGAAAACUCUUUAUGGUUGUGUCCAUGUGUACAUACUGAUGCUUUUUUUUUCUUUUUCUGCAGUUGAUUGGCAUUUCCUUUUUCCUCUGGUGGGAAAAAGCGAGUGAUAGCAGGCAAAUCAUUUGAGCAUUGCUUAGUGUUUGUAUUUAUCUUUUUUUUUUUUUUUGCUUUCAAUAGAGCUAUUGCAAUAAAAAAAUUCCUGUAAUAUG